AUGAGACUGUGGGCCUCCGGAGUCCUCGCCUUCUCAGGUAUCUGGAGUUCUCCAAUGCGGUAUGGUCCUCAGAGAGACCUGUGCUUCUUCCUGUACCCCGCAAAGGCUGUCUGCUCGAGCACCGACAGGAUAGAUAAGCGCAAGAGACUCGGUUCUUACCUCCAUAGCAGUCAUUGGAUAGCGCUUGUCUCCGUACAGACAAUAGGAACGUUUCCCACCUGGACACUAUCAGUUCACGGAUGCACCGCUGUCUGGGUCAAGGCGUCGCUCUCAACACUUCCCGAAUGGACCAUGGCCAUUGGCCCGAGCAAACUAUUGAUGGCUGCGAUGCAAGGGGAGUCGAUACCUUUCCGCCCCGUAGAUAUCUGCCCCCAAGAGGACCCAGAGGACCCAGAGGACCCAGAGGACCCAGCCCAGGACCCGAAUGAUCCCAAAAAGUCACUAGCUCGAGCUGUCGAACUUUGCCGGAAUCUUCUUGGUGCUUCCCCGCGUGUCCUCAUGGAGAAGAGGACAAUGAAGAAAGAGCAGGAGAUCCCGAAUGGGACCAAAAUGGAGCCAGAAGGUCAGAUAGGCUUCAUUGUUCCUGGCCCGAAGGACGUCGGGGAUAGUCUGGAUGCACGAACACAACGACCAUGA